CCAACCGUUUAUAUUAUACUUGUUCAUUCUUGUUUGUCUUUAUCGUUAUGGAGGACGACACCAUUUCACCAUCCUCUACACUCUCUACUCUCAGGCACCGCAAGGGACACUCGACAGACACGUCUCUCGACACCUCCACAACACCACCACCACCACAACAAGAUGAUGAGGAUCAGGAUGAGCAAGACACUAAAAAGCAACAGCGUCCUCCUUACAAUCCCCAACGCGGCUUUGACGCCAUGCUCUUGCUCGUGACGUUCAUGGCAUUCUUUACCCGCUGCUGGAAUAUCGGUGAUCCCGCUCAAGUUGUAUUCGAUGAAGUGCACUUUGGAAAAUUCGCUUCGUAUUACCUCCGUCGUGAAUACUACUUUGACGUGCAUCCGCCCCUCGGAAAACUCUUGCUCGCUGCAGUAGGCUAUGCAGUCGGUUACGAUGGCCACUUUUUAUUCGAUCACAUUGGGGAUGACUAUAUAGAGCAUGGUGUUCCCUAUGUCGCCUUGAGGUUGUUGCCUGCUACCUGUGGAGCAUUGAUUGUCCCUGUCGUCUUUUUGAUUCUCAAAGAGCUGGGUCUGAGUGUCGCUGGUGCGACGUUUGGCGCCUUUCUCAUCAUCUUGGACAACUCGUUGAUUACACAAUCGCGACUCAUUCUCUUGGACUCGAUGCUCACCCUUUUCUGCGUGUGUUCCAUUUACGCCUGGAUUCGGUUUUAUAAAAAGCGUCAUGUACCCUUUUCCUUUGAAUGGUACUUUUGGCUGUCCAUGACCGGAAUUGCAUUGGCCUGCACGACAGGAGUCAAAAUGGUUGGGCUGUUUACAGUCGCCGCCGUCGGAAUCGCCGUCUUGUUUGACCUCUGGAAUCUCCUCGACUACCGUCGCGGCUUGUCCUUGCGCGAAUUUGCACGGCACUUUUCCGCCCGUGCACUCUGCUUAAUCUUUCUCCCACUCGUGGUCUACCUUGCAUUCUUUUAUGUUCAUUUUGCGAUUCUGGUCAAGAGUGGGCCAGGCGAUGCCUUUAUGAGCCCUGCGUUCCAGGAUGGCCUUUUAGGAAGUGAAAUGAAUACCAACUCGAGUGCCAUUCCGUUCUUUUCAAACAUUACCAUCCGGCACCGCGAGACGACGGCCUACCUUCAUUCCCACCCCGAAAAGUACCCGCUCCGCUAUGAUGACGGCCGCAUCAGCACGCAAGGCCAGCAAGUCACUGGGUACCCUCACCGCGACCUCAACAAUCACUGGACCAUUGAACCCGUUGACCCCGCACUGUACCCUUCUGCCGCCCCGUAUACCCCCACAGACCAAGAAACCGAGCGCAACGUCCGCUACGUCCGCCCCAAUGAUCUCGUUCGCCUCAGGCAUGCCCGCACCAACAGCCAUCUCAUCACCCACGACGUUGCUAGUCCCUUGACACCCACCCACAUGGAAAUGACUACCAUCCCUGCCAACGACACGAACCGGUACAAUGAAACUCUGUGGAAGAUCCAACUGGUUGCCGACGACAGCUCAGACAAACUCUGGUCCAAACGCGCCCACUUUCGUCUCGUGAACGCUAUCCACAAUGUCGCCGUCCACUGUCACAAGGGCCAACUCCCCGACUGGGGAUUCGGCCAGCAAGAAGUCAAUGGCAACAAGGCCCUCAAGGAAGCCAACAAUGUCUGGUGGAUAGACCAAGUCGAGCACGCCCGCAUCAUCAACGGCACCGAAAUCGGCGAACCCAUCAUUGACCCCAAAACCCAACCGCAAAAACCCACCCUCCCCUUCCUCUCCAAAUUCGUCGAGCUCCAAUCCCUCAUGUUUGCCCACAACGCCGGACUGACCAAACCCCACCCGUAUUCCUCCACCCCAAUAACAUGGCCCUUUGUCCUCCGCGGCAUCAGUUUCUGGGAACGCAAAGCCGGUCUCCGCCAAAUAUACCUUCUGGGCAACCCCCUCAUUUGGUGGCUCUCGAUUACAGGAACCGUCAUGUACGCCGCCAUGUGGAUCAUGGAUCGCAUCCUCCUCCGACGGGGUAUUGACGAUUUCGGACCCAUUCGAACGUGGUGGGAUAACGCCAUUGGAUUCCUAUUUGUGACCUGGUUGACGCAUUACCUCCCCUUUUUCCUAAUGGGCCGCAUGCUCUUUUUGCAUCACUACCUCCCUAGUUUUAUUUUUUCCGUCUUGGUUCUCGUGUGUACACUUGAAUUUUGUUUUGUGCGUGUAUGGUCCUUGUCUCAACGGAAAAAGUCGGUUCUCCGCCCGUCUCGAACCUAUGUCAUGUUGACCAGUUUGAUUGUGGUGGGUGCUGCGUGGGGCUACUGGUAUUUUGCACCAUUGACAUAUGGAAUUGGGUUUGAGAGUGUGCCGAGUUUGCAGAGUCGAAAGUGGUUGUCGAGUUGGGAUUUGCAGCAUGCUUAAAUGUUUUUUUGUGUGUGUAUGUGUGUGUAUUUAAGAGACUUGGUUUAUUGGGCGGUUUUCUUUUAUAAUGGAUAUUUUGGUAUGUAGUGCAGUGCCUUUUUUUGUUAUUGCGAACAAAAAAAUAUGUGAAAGACGGUUUAUAUACAAGUUGCCAACUCCCUUUCCUAUCGUCACCUAUACAUACCCAAACACACAUUACCCACUCGUCCUCAACAGCCCUCUCGUAACACUCAUACCCCACCCUGGCAGGGGCUAGCAACGAUUCGACACAUUACCCACCCUCCU